UAAAUAGCAACCCUGCAGCCCCAAGAGGGAGUGCCCAUUAUAUUAUCUUUGGUGGGCAAGAGGGGGAGGGAAGGGGUGGAAGAUUUUUGGAGUUCAUCAUCAUAGAGAAAAAAAAAAGAAAAAAAGCGUCAAGAAAAGGAGAAGCAAUGAGAACAAACACUCAUGCUUACCUCCUUUCACUACUUGUUCUAACACUAUUGCUUAGACCCACUUUUGCCACCAAAAAGUCAUAUGUGGUGUACUUGGGAGCUCAUUCGCAUGGAACUCAAGUCACAUCCUCUGAUUAUGAUAGAGUAACAGAGUCCCACUAUGAGUUUCUUGGAUCAUUCUUGGGAAGUUCUGGUAAGGCCAGAGAUGCCAUUUUCUACUCAUACACUAGACACAUCAAUGGAUUUGCUGCAUCCCUUGAAGAUGAAGAAGCAGUUCAAAUUUCCAAGCAUCCCAAGGUUGUCUCAGUAUUCUUGAAUCAAGGAAGAAAAUUACACACAACGAGGUCAUGGGAUUUUCUUGGGCUGGAGAACAAUGGAGAAAUCAGUGCCAGCUCUCUGUGGAAGAAGGCUAGAUUCGGCGAAGAUACGAUUAUUGGCAAUCUUGAUACCGGUGUAUGGCCGGAGUCGAAAAGCUUUAGCGAUGAACAAAUGGGACCGGUUCCAUUGAAGUGGAGGGGAAUUUGCCAAAAUGAUGUGGAUCCCAGCUUUCAUUGCAACAGGAAGCUCAUUGGAGCCCGGUACUUCAACAAAGGAUAUAGUGCUGUUGUGGGACCGCUCAAUUCCACCUUUGACUCGCCACGCGAUACUGAAGGCCAUGGAUCGCACACCUUAUCGACAGCUGGUGGCAAUUUUGUGUCUCGAGCGAGUGUUUUUGGGUUUGGCAAUGGAACGGCGAAAGGAGGAUCACCAAGAGCAAGAGUUGCUGCUUACAAGGUGUGCUGGCCUCCUGUGGCGGGCAACGAAUGCUUUGAUGCAGAUAUCUUGGCUGCAUUUGAUAUAGCCAUUCACGAUGGAGUUGAUGUGCUAUCGGUUUCUCUUGGAGGAGAUCCUGUUCCGUUUUACAAUGACAGCGUUGCCAUUGGGUCGUUUCACGCAGUGAAACAUGGCAUUGUCGUCGUUUGCUCGGCUGGUAAUUCGGGACCUGAUGCUGGUACUGUUUCGAAUGUCGCACCCUGGCAGAUUACGGUUGGGGCAAGCACCAUGGACCGCCAGUUUCCUAGUUACGUUGUACUGGGAAACAAAAUGCGCUUCAGAGGAGAAAGCCUUUCAGCUAAAUCAUUGCUGAAAAAGAAGUCAUUCCCAAUUAUCUCUGCCAGAUAUGCCAAAGCUGCAAAUGCAUCAGCAGAUGAAGCCGCUCUGUGUAAAGCUGGAACUCUGGACCCUACAAAGGUGAAGGGCAAAAUCUUGGUCUGUCUACGGGGAGACAAUGCAAGGGUCGAUAAAGGCGAGCAAGCUGCCUUGGCUGGAGCAGUAGGAAUGGUUUUAGCCAACAAUCAGAUCUCAGGCAAUGAAAUUCUUGCUGAUCCUCACGUCCUUCCUGCUUCACAGAUCAAUUACACUGAUGGCCUUGCUCUUUUCUCUUAUAUCAAAUCGACACGGUCUCCCGUGGCUUACAUUACAAAAGCAACAACUCAGUUGCACACAAAACCAGCUCCGUUCAUGGCAGCGUUUUCGUCCAAAGGACCAAAUACCAUCACACCAGAAAUCCUAAAGCCGGAUAUCACUGCUCCAGGAGUGAGCAUUAUAGCUGCCUAUACGAAAGCACAAGCACCAACGAAUCAAGACUUUGACAAACGACGUGUUCUGUUCAACUCAGUGUCAGGCACAUCAAUGUCAUGCCCUCAUGUUUCUGGAGUCGUCGGCCUCUUGAAGACCCUCCAUCCAAAUUGGAGCCCUGCAGCUAUUAAAUCUGCCAUCAUGACCACUGCACGAACACGUGACAACACAUUGAAGCCCUUGACAGAUGCAUCCUACUUGAAAGCCACACCGUUGAACUACGGAGGAGGGCAUGUGCAGCCUAACCGUGCAAUGGACCCUGGACUGGUUUACGACUUAGGAGCAAACGAUUACUUGAACUUCCUAUGCGCCCUCGGCUACAACCAAACUCAAAUCCAGUUGUUCUCAGAAGAACCAUAUGCAUGCCCUCAGCCCAUUAGGCUCAUCGACUUGAACUAUCCAUCCAUCACUGUUCCCGGCCUCACCGGCUCGGUCACCGUGACUAGAAAAGUAAAGAAUGUCGGUUCGCCAGGUACCUAUAGAGCUCGUGUGCGCAGCCCACAUGGGAUAUCGGUUCACGUAGAGCCGGAUAGCCUGAAAUUUGAAAGAGCUGGAGAGGAGAAACGCUUCAGGGUCACUCUACAGGUAAAGAAACCUGGUGGUGCAGUGAAGGACUAUGUGUUUGGGCAGUUGAUAUGGUCUGAUGGUAGGCACUAUGUAAGAAGUCCAAUUGUGGUGAAACAACUAUAGGAGCUUACUGCUGUGACAUUUGUGGGAUUGAAAUUCUUACAAAUAGAAGUUAAGCCAAUUGGCUAUUCAUGCUCCGCUGAAUUUUGUUCUUGAAUCUCUUAUUACAUGUGUGUGGCA